AUGGCCGUCCGCGUCGCCGACACAAUCAAGGCGGAACACGACACAUCAAUCCACGAGACCCUCUUCCGGUCUGGCCCACCUACUGUGCUACAGUGGAUCAACAGCGAGAGCCGGCGGUGUGACACGUUCGUCGCCAGCCGCAUCUCCGAGACCCAGGACUCGUCUGAGAUGCCCCAGUGGCGUCAUGCAGAGCAGUUCGGCCCCGAAAUCGCCGCUCUGAAACAAGGAAAACGACUACCAACCGGCAGCCAUCUCCACCAGCUAGCGCCCUUCAUGGACUCGAGCGGGCUGCUCAGAGUUGGAGAGCGACUGCGUCAUUCCCAGCUGGACUACGAAGCCAAGCAUCAGGUGAUACUACCUGCGAAGGAAGACGCCACACGGCUGAUCGUCACCGACCAUCACAAGAAGCUAGCACACGCGGGCGCUGAACACGUCCUGACUCACCUCCGGCAGCAGUUCUGGGUCAUCUGUGGCCGGGCGGCCGUAAAGCGACGCACCCGCACCUGUGUGGUGUGCCGUAAACGGUCAGCUCGGCCAGUGCCACCACUGAUGGGCGACCUGCCAGCCUUCCGCGUGGGUGACCCGGCCCCAGCGUUCGCUGGAGUGGGCGUGGACUUCUUCGGAACCUUGGCGGUGAAGAGACAGCGUGAAAGGGAGAAGAGAUGCGGCUGUCUGCUCACCUGCCUGUCCACUCGAGCAGUCCACAUCGAGCUGGCUCAAUCGCUGGACACCGACUCAUUCAUCAUGGCGAUAAGACGCACGAUGGCGAGACGCGACAAGACCAAGCUAGUUUGUUCGGACAACGGGACAAACCUCCGAGCCGGUGAGCGCGAGCUGCGCCAGUCGCUGCAGCAGUGGAACCAGGCCAAGAUCGCUGACACGCUGUCACAAGAAGGCGUGGAGUGGAAGUUCAACCCUCCGGCUGCGCCCCAAUUCGGCAGCGUGUUCGAGCGUCUGGUGCGCUCAGCCAAACGUGCCCUGUCGACCAUGCUGGGUGACAGGGUUGUGGAUGACGAGACGCUUCGGACGGUGGUCACCGAAGUCGAGGCGCUCCUCAACGGCCGAUCGCUGACACACGUCAGCACCGAUCCCGACGACUAUCAGCCACUAACGCCGAACCACUUCCUCAUCGGAAGGGCUUCUGCUCAGCUGCCUCCUGGCGUGUUCGAGGAUGGUGACCUGCGCCGCGGACGGCGCUGGAAGCACACACAGGUGCUGCUAGAUCACUUCUGGCGGCGCUGGCGACGGAAGUAUCUUCCCACGCUGACCACGAGAGCGAAGUGGUGCAGAGACACGGCCGACAUCGAGGUCGGCGAACUCGUGCUGUUGGCGGACGUGCCCCGUGGACACUGGCCACAAGCCAAGUAA